UAUAAACCCUCUCAAUAAGUACAAGACUUUCAGGAAAUUUUUAAUAUGGAAAACCAUACAAACUCUAAAAAAUAUAGCGAACUAUCCUUAUCAAACGGAGGAAAUAUAUCACUUGAAUCAAUUAUUGGACUUCAAGUAAAAGUUCGAACAAUAUUAAAUGAAACAGAGACAGGAGAAAUUUAUGCAUAUGAUGCAAUUACAAAUACAUUAGCUUUACAGAGGAAACUUAAAACAUCAUUACCAUGUUCAAGAACAUGGGAUUUUAGUAUUUUAAAGAUUUCAUGUUUAAAAGAAAUCCAAGUUAUUGGAGAAAUAAAAGAAAAAGUAAAUACGGAAGAUGAGGAAACUAAAGAAGGAAGCCCAUUUAUUAAUUCUCAGCCAUCUAUUCUACCGGUUUCAUUAGAAGUUUUAUCUAUUAGAGAACAAAUAUCUAGGAAAGAACAUCAAACAGCGAUUUCUCGAAAAGGAAUUGGAGUUACUCAAGAAGCACAAAAUUUAUUUGAUUCUUUAAGUCGAACUCUUCCAUGUCGAUGGGAAAAACAAUCGAUUAUUGUACUUGAUGAUGUUUAUAUUGAUCCUCCAUAUACAGUUGAAGCAUGCUGGACAGCUUCUAAAGAUUCUAAAGGUUAUUUAAGGGUGUGCAAAGUGUUGGAAGGGGAACGUCAAAGACUUGAUUCAACACAUCGAGGAGGCUAAGUGAACUCUUUUUAUUAUAUACUUAUGAACCUUUUUUUUAUACUGC